GAUGGCGAUUCAGACGAGAUUAUUCCAAGAUGGCGUUUAUUGUACGGGACGUGGGCUAAAAUUUGCUGUGAAAAACUAAAGUGUUCGACUAACUUUUAUUAAGCCUACCAUGGAGAAGAAGGAAGUGAAUGGCCCAAGCUCGAGUGUGCCAGGUUUUCUGGCUAAGCUGUGGCUGCUGGUUGAGGAUGCAGAGACAAAUGAGCUUAUUGGAUGGGGCACUUUUGGGAAUAGCUUCGUUGUUCAAAACCAGACCCGUUUUGCCAAGGAAAUCUUGCCAAAGUUCUUCAAACACAGCAACAUGGCAAGUUUCAUUCGCCAGCUUAACAUGUAUGGCUUCCGGAAGAAGGCUAAUCUGGAGCAAGGAUCUCUGAAGAUGGAAAGUGAUGAAAUUGAGUUCCAGCACCCAAACUUUGUCAAAGGAAGACCGGAGCUCUUGGAUAAUAUCAAACGAAAGGUGUCGACACGAGAGGAGAGCAAGUUGAAGCUGGAUGACGUGCAUCAGAUUCUGACGGAUGUUCAGGACAUGAAGGGCAAGCAGGACAACAUCAGCGGCGCAUUGGAUGCUAUACAGAGGGAGAACCAGAUUCUCUGGCGUGAGGUGGUUUAUCUGCGUCAGCGUCAUGAGAAACAACAGAAGAUUGUCAGUCGUCUCCUCCAGUUCUUACUCACAAUGGUCAAACCAGUGGGACUUAAGAGGAAACAACAACUGAUGAUAGAGCCAGCCCAAGACCCCAGCAAACCCAAAUACUCCAGACUGGCCAGCCCAAGAGACAACAUCCAAGUCAUUGAAUCUGUUCCAUUUGACUCAGGUCUGGUCAGCCUGUCCACAGAUAACGUUCUCUCCUCCGGGGCUGUCUUGUCAGACAUUACUGAUGCCCCGGCAGCCACCGGCCAGCCCUUGUCCAGCCCUGGCAUUGAGCCGGGGACGGCUGCCGUGUCUGAUCUGACCCCAGCCACCCUUGACCCGUCCCUGUUUGAGCUGGAAAUCGCCCCCGCGUCUGCAGACACUGCUGCUGAAGGCACAGCCGCCUCACCCAUCGUGACAUCACCAGCUAGCCUGGAACCUGGCAGUGCUAACCUCUCACCCCCAAGCGGUGGUGGGGAUGGCGGGAUGUAUGCCAGCACGGACUGGCCGCUGUCAGAAGGCGACAGUCAGGUGGACUCAGGUAUGACUGCCUGGUUCAAUGGAGAGGACGACGACAGUCAGGUGCCCGAUGUCACUGGAAAUAGCCCAGGAUCAUCUUUGGGUCAGACCACAGAUUAUUCAUUGGGGACAACAGCCAGCUCUGGCUCCAAGGCUAUCAUGAAGAGAAUGCUGUCACAUGAGGAGCAGAGGGGCGAGAUUGGGGAGCAUGUCAACACAGUGCAGGAAAACCUGGAUUUAAUCCAGAACAUGCUGACAUCCAUGGGCAGCACGGGAGCCUACAAUUUUGACAUGGAUUCGUUGAUGCAGAUAUUCAACUCAGACUCAGGUGACAAAACCAAUGAUACGGAUCUGUUUCCAAACCUGACUAGCUCUAUUCCCCAAAGCAGUGGGAGCCAAGACAAUCAAGAGGAUGUCAGAGGGAAUGAGGUGGUCCAGUAUGUGUCGUUAUCCUCCCCAUCAUUUACUGCAGAAGAUGAGGACUCAUUGCUGAGAUCAUUGGAUGAUGAUGCAGCUGCUUUGGCCAAGCCAUACAGCAAGCUGAAAAACUGACCAGGCGAGAUGUAAGGGGUUGGCGCAGGGCCAGUGCAUUUGAAAGGCGAUUUGUUCUCGUUUUGUGUGCAUACAUCAGUUUGUCAGUCCCCUCUUAAGUUACUAGAUGUCCGUACAUAGCAGCAUUCUGAUGCUGGAAAAGUUGUUUUUAGGAAGGUGUUUUUAGUUUUAAACCAAUGAUUCCUUUAAUCCCAGAAGUGUCCAGAACCAUAAGUACCCUGUGUUGCCUACAGUUCAGCUGAUGUUGGUUUGACUGUUAAAUCCUAUGGCUGAUGUUUAUUUGGAAUACAAGCUAUCAGUAUCAGAUUAGUUAACAUAAACAGUGCCCCCAAAAAUGAAAGUAAUUGGCAUACCAAAGACAAAACUUGACUGGCUCCCUUAACCCUCCUAUGCUGAAGUCACUCUUUUUUGGUCAUUUGGUGAACACCUCAAAGAAGCACAGCUGUGUUGUG